AUGCAAUUUGUGGCGGGUUAUAGCAAGAUUUUGAAUGUAAGUCGUCGUCAUUUGUCGAAACAGGUAACUGCUGAUGAUGCCAAUGUUGAUUUAAACUUAACACAGCACGGCACGGCACCGAAUGACUUAAUUAGUCAUCGAAUUAAGAGAACUUGUGAUUUGUCGACUUUAGUUAGUCUUACUGUCUCGCUAUGA